CAUCGUAAGACAAAGUGAAAAAACAUAAUUCCUGUCAAAAAAGGUUCGUGUGCCUUAAUGGUUGCGAUAAGUGUAAAUAUUGACAUACCUCUUCUGUCUACUACCAUUGCUUAUUAAUGGAACUCCUAAUGUCAUAACCCGAGGUUUGGGAGUCCGCCCAGAGAAUAUUCCUCAUCAUCGGAAUGAAAAUGGCCGAGAUGUAGAGAUAAAAAUUCACACGCAUUAAGUAGAGAAAUGUCGCAGGUUUUUCUUGUCAUUUUUGUUGCUUUGUUGACGGAUUUGCCAAUUUCAAAUGGAAUAAGUUGCUAUGUAUGCGAGAAAACAACAUCGGAACAGACUUGUAUAUCGGGUGAAAGACUUGUGCACGACAGAUUGAAAGGGGGGCGCUUUGUUCGCAACUGUACAUCAGACAAUCACUGUCUGAUCGAAGCUAUCAUCAAUGCCGGAGGUGUCUAUGUUAGCUACAUGAGAAGUUGUACGGACGGGUUUUUUACCGGCCAAAAAGUCGAAAUGCUAGCAAAAAGGGUGAAACCAAACAAUUUGACAGAAUGCGCCUAUGAUCUUCUAUCUGGGUUUGUGUUCUGUGUAACUCUUUGUCACACAGAUUACUGCAAUGGACCACGGCCAUACGAGAUUUCUACAGCGAUGAAGACCGAGUUAUUUAUUUCUUUUUACAGUGUUGUUGCAUUAAUUGUGUACAAGAUUUCAAGAAGAUGAAAAACAUAUUGACUUGACAAACACAUCGAAUGAAAAAUACAUAAAUUUUAUCGAGUCUGGACAAACACAUCGAAUGCUGAAUACAUAUAUUUUAUUAUUUUUGCUGCAUUUGCUGUUGACCACUGUUUAACGACAGUCUGUGGUUUGUUGCAAACAAUUUAUGACGAAAAUCCUUAAAAUAUGCUGUAAUCGUUGUAAAAACAAUAAAGUGAUUAAAUGAA